AUGCAGACAAAAAAAUGCACCGUCGAACCCAAACCUGAACCUCCACCGCCCGACCUUUGUAAGUUACAACGAAUCCAGCAGAAAAUAAAAGCUGGCAUAAAAAUAUGUCCGUCACCACCCAUCGAGCCGCCAGAGGAACCGGCAGAAUGUUUUGCUCUAUGCAGGGAGAAAAUUAAAAAUCCCGAAGUAACCGUGUCCGAAGAAGCAGUUAUUUGUCGCGUUGAAAGAGAAAAAACUGGAACUUCUAGAUGCGAUAAAGUUGAAGACUUGACAGCCGCUCAUCCUGACUCGCCUUGGCCUGGAUGUGAAACCCCCCCACCACUCCCUCCGCCGCCUGAGCCAGAUCUUUGUGAGGAAUUAGAAAAGAAAGCAAAAAGAGAACUGUGCAAAGAGAGAAUGAAACGUUAUUUACUAUAA